GUCUUCUCCGAGCCUUCCCUUGACAUUUGUUUACAUUCUACCAUCGUGUUCGUCAGCAUGGCUCCUUCCAAAGAGGUCAUCAUCGUGGGAGGAGGCAUCUCUGGCCUCGGAAUGGCAGUUCAGCUCAAGCGAAUGCUCGGACACGACAACUUCACCAUAUUCGAGAAAUCCGACAAUAUCGGUGGCACAUGGUGGCACAACCGCUAUCCAGCUUGCGCCUGUGACAUUCCAAGCCAUUUCUACUCAUACAGCUUCGCCUUGAAGCCUGACUGGUCCAGCAUGUACCCUGGUCGCGAUGAAUUGCACUCGUACUUUCUCUCGGUAGCCGAGAAAUACGACAUACUCCCCCACUGCAAAUUCAACAGCGUGUGCAAGAGCAUGGUCUGGGAUGAGCGUCGGCAGCUCUGGACUUGCACGUUUGAAGAUACGAUUACCGGCAAUACGUUUGUGCGCGAAGCCCCAGUGGUGGUCAGCGCGAUCGGCACCCUAGACAGGCCCAAUAUACCGAACAUUCAAGGUGUCUCUAACUUCAAAGGCAAAGCUUUCCACAGCGCUCAAUGGGAUAGUUCCGUCGAGUUGAAGAAUAAGAACGUCCUUGUCCUAGGCAAUGGCGCCUCGGCCACUCAAUUUGUUCCUGAACUCGUCAAGGAAGUAGCACCUCACGGGAAAGUCAACCAGCUUGUGAAGAGCGCUCAUUGGUGGACGAAGAGAGGAAACCCUGUCUAUUCAGGGCUCUGGAAAGCAACGAUGAGAUACGUGCCCUUCGCGGCAAGACUCUACCGUGUAUUUCUUGCAUGGCAGCUAGAGAGUGUCUUCUACUCUUUCUACAUGGACCAAAACGGUCUACGCAUGAGAAACAAAAUCCGCGAAGCCACGAAGCAAUACAUCGAAAACGACGCUCCGAAACAGUACCGUAAAGUCUUGAUGCCAGACUACGAACCGGGAUGCAAACGCCGUGUGAACACAGCAACUUAUCUUGCUUGCCUACACUCUCCGAACAUGUACCUCGCCAAGGAUCGAGUAAUCAAGAUUGGCGAACAACAUGUUGAGACUGAGACUGGAGCGACCUACCCAGCCGAUGUCAUCAUCUACGCUACCGGCUUUGCCACGCAGAAGUGGUUGUUCCCUAUGGAGAUCAAGGGCAUUGGCGGUCGGGAUCUCCAUGAGAUUUGGGAUGCCGCUGGCGGCGCUGAAGCAUACAAGGGCACAGUCGUGUCAGGAUUCCCUAACUUCUUUGUCCUAUAUGGUCCGAACGCUGCUACUGGCCAACACUCUGUCAUCUUUCAUUCUGAGUGCCAGAUCAACUACAGCUGCCGACUCCUGAGGCCUGUGCUUUGCAGUCGCAACCCAGCCGACUCCAUCAUGGUCAAGUCCGAGGCUCAGACCCGUGACCUGGCAUGGGUGCAUUCAAGACUGAGGAAUCUCGUGUUCAAUAGCGGCUGUCAGAGCUGGUGGUUGGAUUCAAAGACAAAGAAGAACACCUUCAUUUACCCGGAUCCGAUGUUCAAGUAUUGGUUGCGUACAAUCUUUCCCACCUGGUCAGACUUCAACAUUCAAAAGAAGGGACGGCAACACAAGAACUUGACAGGAGGGCUGCUGGUCGCCACAUGCGUUGGUGCCGGUGCUCUUCUCUGGACUGUUGCUUCAAUUCCAAACCUGGCAACACCGCUUGACUUGAUGCGAGAGUGGACUCUUUAUACUAUCUCUAGCUUGAAGUUAAACUAA